UCCGCUCCGCGCCCGGCCCAUUGUCCCCGCGGGCGGCGAGGGGCGGCCGGCGACGAUGCUCGGGGCAGGGUGCUGUGCCCCUGCUUAGCCCACGCAGCGCUGCUGCGGGAGGAGGUGGCCCAGCUGCAGGAGGAGGUCCACCUGCUCCGGCAAAUGAAGGAAAUGCUGACCAAGGACCUGGAGGAGACGCACGGCAGCAAGUCCCCGGAGGUGCUCUCGGCCACCGAGCUGAAGGUGCAGCUGGCGCAGAAGGAGCAGGAGCUGGCACGCGCCAAGGAGGCUCUGCAGGCCAUGAAAGCCGACCGCAAGCGCUUGAAGGGGGAGAAGACAGACCUGGUGAGCCAGAUGCAGCAGCUGUACGCCACGCUGGAGAGCCGGGAGGAGCAGCUCCGGGACUUCAUCCGCAACUACGAGCAGCACAGGAAAGAGAGCGAGGACGCAGUGAAAGCCCUGGCGAAGGAGAAGGACCUCCUGGAGCGGGAGAAGUGGGAGCUGCGGCGACAAGCCAAGGAGGCGACGGACCACGCCAGUGCCCUCCGCUCCCAGCUCGACCUGAAGGACAACCGAAUGAAGGAGCUGGAGGCCGAGCUGGCCAUGGCCAAGCAAUCCCUGGCCACGCUGACCAAGGACGUCCCCAAGCGCCAUUCCUUGGCCAUGCCGGGCGAGACGGUGCUGAACGGGAACCAGGAGUGGGUGAUGCAGGCUGACCUCCCGCUGACCGCCGCCAUCCGGCAGAGCCAGCAGACCCUCUACCACUCACACCCCCAGCACUCGGCGGACCGGCAAGCGGUCAGAGUGAGCCCCUGCCAUUCCCGGCAGCCGUCCAUCAUCUCCGACGCCUCCGCGGCCGAGGGCGACCGGUCGUCCACGCCGAGCGACAUCAACUCCCCCCGGCAUCGAACACACUCGCUCUGCAACGGGGACAGUCCUGGACCGGUACAGAAGAACUUGCACAACCCAAUCGUACAGUCUCUAGAGGACCUGGAAGACCAAAAACGGAAAAAGAAGAAAGAGAAGAUGGGCUUUGGCUCCAUCUCCAGGGUGUUUGCCCGGGGGAAGCAGCGCAAGUCCCUCGACCCGGGGCUCUUCGACGGGACGGCCCCCGACUACUACAUCGAGGAGGACGCGGACUGGUGACCCCCCGUGCCGGGCGGUGCCACUGUACAUAUCCCCCACCUGUGGACGUGUUACCUGUUGUCUUGGGAGCGAUGCAGCUGUGUCGUAACUUCAGUUUUUCCCCUUUUUUUUUUUUUUUCUUUUUCCGUGUUUUUUUCAUUUUUUUUUCCCAUCCCGGUAACUCCUUUUGUUGUCGCUUCAGUUUGUCAGUUUUGGGGGGGAGGUGUUUUUUCGUUUUGUUUUGGGUUUGGUGGUUUUGUUUGUUUUUUUGUUGUUUUUUUUUUUGUCGUCGUUGUUCUUUUCUCCUUCUUCUUUUGACAAAACUUGAAACUUGAAGGACUGCUGUGUCUCUGUAAAUACCAGAAAUAUCGUGCACUUUGUGCUUGUGACGUCUCCUGUCCGAAACCCGCUGUUUUCCGGAGCCCAGCCCGCGGGAUGUCCUCGCCUGGGGACGAAGGACCUGCCCAGCUGAGGGACCUUAGAGGGAAAACACACAAAACCAACAACAACAACAAAAGAUCUCCUUCGCUGUGAUGUCUUCCUGGCCGAGCACCCGGGCUGGUUGUAACGCCUGCCGGUCUGGAAAUAAGUGUUUUAACGUUCCUUUUUAGUUGUUUUAAUUUAUUUGCACAAACCCAGAGGAGCUAUUCUAACUAAAUUAUUGCAGAAGUUUUGGGAUUUUUAUAUUUUUCCACGUCGGUUGGGAUGGGGUGGGAGGAGGAAGGGGGUGUUUGUACUGUAUUGUCCUGGGAAGCUGCUGUUGGGGAGGGAAGGGGGGAAUUGGGGGGUGUCGGAGCCGUGGACCCCCCCCACCCCGGGGCUCCCUCGGCUGCCCCAGGAGCACUUAACGCCUUGGAAAACGCAAACCUAAAAACGUGCCGGGAAAUCCGACGGGGGGGAAGCUGGUGGGAGCUUUGCCUGCUGUUUUUCCCUGCUUUUGAGGGCCUCACCCUUUGCUUCAAGUAAAAUUUAGGGGGAUCCGGCAUGAGCUGGGAGCAGGGGAAAGGGGAUAUCCCGAGAUAUAUCCCUUAUCCCAGGACGUUUCUCAGACAGGGCCGGCCACCCCACUCCAGUUUGGGAUGUUACCGCCGCCAUGGGGGGGGGGGGUGGGCACGGGGAAAUCGGUACGAAUUCCUGCCGGGGAGGUUUUUCUGGCUCUGGGGUGAUUUUUGAAGCACAGGUGGAGCUUGUGCUUCCAAAAAAACCCCUUGGAAACGCCCCGAAACCACCUCCCCCGGCGCGGCGACCGCUUCCCCUCUCCACUAACACGCGCCCGCGCGCUCUCCGCUUAUGCCAAGAUAAGUACCUUAUGCUUUAAUGCUUAUGAUAUAAUUUUAAGCUCUUAAAAAAAAAAAAUGUAUUAAGAUUUAUUUAAUGAACUAUAAUAGUGUAUUAUUUUUCUUAAUCCCGACACGCGCCGCGCCCUGGUUGAGAUAAAAAAGGGGUGUUUUGUCUCAAAUCGCCGAUGCCCUCGCGCCGUGUGUUCCUGCUCAUGGGAUGAUGCAGAGAGGCCGUGGAGGGGGUGUCAGAGGGACCAGCCCCCCCAGGCUCCCCUGGGGUGGCAGGGCAGGCUUUGCCCCGUGGCAUCUUUUCUCUGCAGAGAAGCAUUUUUAUACAUUUUGUUCUUUUUUUUUGGGGGGGUGUUUUUUGUUCUGUUGUUUUUUUGGUUUUUUUUUUUUUGGUUCUCCUUGCGUUUUUAUAAUUUAAACUCUAAACCAACCAGAAGAGAUGAGCAAUCUCCUUGUUACCGAGUAGUUUCCUUUGCAUUUCAGCUUUUUUGUAAAUUAGGAAAUAAUUCUAAAAAUUACUAAGAGGAUGAUUUAUUUAAAAGAGAACUUCGCUAAAUAGCAUAUGAAUUAUGGGUAACAUUAGAUUUAACUUUUCCCCCCGUGAGCGGGGGAGAAUCCUUGAAGGCAUGGAUGCAAAUAUAAAAUUAUAAAAGAUCUAAAUAAAGCUUAUUUUAAAGUACA